AUACAACUGUUCCGAAUGUACAUUCUGAAUGUAUGCAUUAAUAUAACUUGUUUGUUGUUGUUCAGUUUAAAAGGAAACCCAAAUGGAUUGAAUGGUGUACUUCUGGAGUGUGACAGCAUCGUACAGGAAUCCAUUAUGCGGCUUCUGAAAGUCUACAAGAUACGUCGCAAAGUGAACAUCAGCUUGUGUCCUAGUCUCUCGCUAUGGGCUCUAUUACCUAGGAAUAGAGAUGCAGUGCUGGGAAAGUCAAAGCCAGAAGUUACUGCAGCAGAUAAUGUGUUAGUGUUGGAGAAAGACCCGAGAACUGAACUCAUGGGCUGGAGAAUGAUCACCAGUUGUCAGGACAAUCUACAUGAGAUUGUCUCUGCUUGUCAACAGGGCAACACCGAAGAAUACCACAGACAUCGCUAUGAAAUUGGACUACCUGAAGGAGUCAGAGACUUUCCGCCAGGUGAGGCCCUUCCACUGGAGUCUAAUCUGGUUUAUAUGCAGGGAAUUAGCUUCAGCAAGGGAUGCUACAUCGGACAGGAACUAACUGCAAGAACGCACCACACCGGUGUAAUAAGGAAGCGCCUAAUGCCUGUUACCAUGUCUGCUCCAGCUAAGAACCUGGACCAUGGGGCUGCUCUUGAGACUGAGGGGGGCAAACCAGCAGGGAAAUAUAGGGCAGGAAUCGACAGGCUGGGACUUGGCCUUAUACGCUUGGCUCAUGCCAAAGAGUCACUCAAACUUAAAUCCUCUGAUAAUACGACGGUGACUUUACAGGCUACUGUGCCUGACUGGUGGCCAAAAAACACUGAAGAUAAAUGAAUCGGAAACACUAGUAAGGUCUACCAGACUGCUUUAAUUUGAAUGCAGAUAAUAUUUAUAUAGAGUUGACUUAAAAUGUUAAAUAUAAUACAUUUUACACAAAUAUCUGUUGACAGUGUCUUGAUUAACACCUUGCAAUAAAAUCU